GGUGGAAAUGGUCGCUCGCUCAGUCGACUGAGGAAAAAGAAGACAUUAGCUAGCUGCUAACAGUAAAGCACACUAACAUUUCAUCUGAAUACAGCCAAGAAACGAAGGCGACUGAACAAUGACACAUAUUAAGUUUCUCUGCAGGGGUAAGUGAGGUGUAUCGUACCCCGUCCUAGGAUGGACAGUUAUUUUAAGGCUGCUGUGUGCGACCUGGACAAGCUUUUGGAUGACUUUGAGCUCAAUGCAGAGGAGCUUGAGAACAAGCCUGCCACUUUUGCAAGCGCUCCUUGUCCGGACUCCACGAUCAUCCCUGGUCACCAUUUGGACCUUCAGAGCUUCAUACCAGAGCAACACACAGUUACACAAACACUCCCAGAUGUCAGUGCCCUGCACUAUGGACUUACAUCACAAAGCAUUACUUUAAACCAAAAAGAUUCUUAUUCAAAUGAACGGCCGCUCACAGGUGUGGAUCUUCUGUCCUCUGUCGAUAGCAGAGGCAUCAAAAGUUCAGCUCCACCUUGUCCGGACCGGUCGCUGAAGCCUGUGUGUGACCUAGUGAACGAUACGGGUUCUGCAAACCUCCAGCAGGCUGACAGUCAGGAGGACUUUAAAGAGCUGGAUGUUCCUGAGAAACAAACUAAUGAGGUGCUGCUAGUGGACUUCGAGAGUCCUGUAGUAUCUAGUCCAGAAGAUGCUUCUAACGCCGGUGAAUUACCAAAACUUGACUCUGAGGUUAACUAUAACUCAUUCAGCCUGCUGGAUGUCAUAUUACCGGCCGUUGGUGACCCUCAUGGUUCAAGUAGCAUCACACCUUUGGAGUGCAAUCAGAUUGAAAGUUCUUGUCCUGAAGACUCAAACUCCAAUGAUCAGAACAAUUCUCCAUGCGAAGUCUCAGUGAACGAGGACGAUGUUAGUAAUUCAGAUCCUCAUGCUACAGAUGAAGCUAUUUCAGCAACCAAAGAAGAGCAUGCUGUAUCGCUCCAGCCGGACUCAACAGAUACCCAACUGUCUGAAGAUCUCAGUGUUAAAACUCCAGAGGAUUCAGCUGGAAGUCCCUCCUUGGAGAAGGAACCUUCUCUCUCUUGCUUGCCGAUGGCCGUAUCUAUGUGUGGAUCCCUUGUGGCGUCUUUAGACCCACAGACAGCAGUGACUGGAACCAAAGAUGAGGCUGAUCUGGAAAAAAAUUCAGCGAUUCAAGAGGCUGAAGAGUUAAUUCUUCCGUUAGAAGAACCCACAACUCCGUUCUCCUCCAAUAGGCCUGAUUCCUCACCUGAAGAUGAACCUGAGCUAGUCCAAAUCAUGUCGAACACAGAAAGGGCGACUGCUGUCUCGGGCCAUUACCCUGAAAGAAACUUUAAGCGCAACUUGUCGCCAACAGAGAAAGAGUUGUGUGAAAGCAACCCAUCUCCGCCCUAUUCAGAAAGCCCAAAUUUUUCCUACGAGUUCAGUAUCGCCAACGAUUACCUUCCUGAAAGCGACCAGACCGUUAUGAUGGUUACGGACGAGGAGCUGGACGCCUUUCUGAUGGGUCAGGAUGUGAAAAUGAACUCCGACGCAGGUGCAGAAAAAUUCGUAGAUGUCAGCUUUUCAGAAUUUAACGGAAACGUGGAAGGCUUUUUAGAUGAGGAGCUGCAGAGCUGUAAAGUCGAGACGUUUGCUUCUCCUGAGAGUGAUGGUUCACUUCAAUAUCUGGAGGAGAGCGAAGGUUCUAGCGUUUCUUCUUCAUCUCAGGACAGCAGCCCGCUGAGGACAGACUCCACACAAACUAUUAUCCAUGAGAAUGCAACCAGCCCUGUUGAGAUUCAGUCAGUUUGUGCCCCCAACCAAGAGUCAAAUUACGGCGGGGCGAGACCAAAGCAGUUAUCCAACCAAAUCGCACGGCCUCCAUCUGAAAGACACCGGACCGGCCAUGCUGAACCCAAUGUAGCAGGCCUUUCUGCAGAGCAUGGCUCGCAAAUUUCUCCCAACCAAGAUGAAAAUAACUGUGAACCCCCUUCUUAUCAGCAAUAUGAUGCCAGUUAUGGCCAUGAUGAGCUUUCAGAGCCUCCACCAUACCCAGGAGAGAGUCCUGAUCCACCAGCACACGAGGCCGAGGAUCUGGGGUCAAAGCAGCCUCCUUGGGUGCCAGACUCCGAGGCUCCUAACUGCAUGAAUUGUGAGCAAAAGUUUACCUUUACCAAGAGGAGACACCAUUGCAGAGCAUGUGGGAAGGUGUACUGUGCUAACUGCUGCAACCGCAAAUGCAGACUGAAAUAUCUGGACAAAGAAGCCAGGGUUUGUGUCAUCUGCCAUGUUACCAUACAGAGAGCUCAAGCCCAUGAGAGAAUGAUGAGCCCUACUGGGCCCAGUCCCAAUCCCAACAUUCCAUCAGAGUACUGCUCCACCAUACCGCCCAUGCAGCAGGCCCGCGCCGCCGGCACCCUCAACUCUCCCCCACCCACCGUCAUGGUCCCCGUGUCUGUCCUCAAACACCCCGGUGAUGAUGGGUUUCCACGUGAGCAGAAGCACGUGUGGUUUGCCGAUGGUAUCCUGCCGAACGGUGAGGUCGCCGACACCACCAAACUCUCCGUACAGACCCGGAGAUCCUCUCAGGAGUCGAGCCCAGUAACGCCAGACCCGCCGGGGCCCAAUGGUAAAUUUCCUGGCGAGUGUGAUCAGAGCGCCGGAGGAAGUUCUGACAGCGCUGCUGAGGUGAGCCGCCCACACAUCAGAGGCCCAUGGGACUACGGCCUGCUCUGUGCGGUGGGCAGCUGUGUGCAGGGAGUGGUCAGUCUGGUGCCAGAGGACGACGACGGUCUGCCUCCACUGCUCAUUACCACAGGAGAGGAGGAAUAUGGGGAUUUAUUAGUUGAGGAACGUCCUGCUGCUUGCCAAAUAUUGCUGCUGUUGGAAGAGGGAGGCCCACAACCACUGACCUUCGUGCUCAAUGCCAAUUUACUGGUGAACAUCAAGAUUGUCACAUAUGGUGGGAAGAGGUGCUGGUGUCUGAGCUCUAAUGGUCUUCAGGGAGUGGGCCAGAAGGAGCUGGUGUUUAUAAUUGAGUGUCUCGCAGAGGAGAACAACCUGCCUAGAGACAUAUUCAACCUGUAUGUUAGUAUCUACGAGGAUGCACAGAAAGGGAAGUUCAUCGAGCACCUUGGCAACGUGACGUUCACUGACAGUUUCCUGGGCAGUAAAGAUCACGGGGGCAUCCUGUUCUUCACUCCAACCUUUCAGCCACUGGAUGGUCUUGCUCUGCCGCAGGUCUCGUUCCUCUGUGGUGUUUUGAUUCAGAAACUAGAGGUUCCCUGGGCUAAAGUGUUUCCCCUCCGACUGCUGCUCGCUCUGGGGGCACAAUACAGCGGCCUUGUAACCCCAAAUCUUUGGAUCCACCUUCAUUCUUGAGUUUUGUUGAUUCUGACACAGGAUCUGAGGAACUACCAGUACAGUUUACCUGUGGUGGAAAGUCUGCGAGUGCACAUGGAGAUGGGCAACAGCUACAUCGACAUUCCUAAGUCCAGGUUUAAUGAGAUGCUGAAGGUGGUGAACUCCUCCAAUGAACACGUGAUCAGUUUCGGCGCCUGUUUCAGCACUGAGGCUGAUUCUCACUUGGUUUGCAUGCAGAACGAGGACGGAAGCUACCAGACGCAAGCCAACAGUAUACCAGGAAAAACCAGGAGAGUGACUGGAGCUAGUUUUGUGGUUUUUAACGGUGCUCUGAAAGCCUCAUCAGGAUUCAUUGCCAAAUCCAGCAUUGUGGAGGACGGGUUAAUGGUGCAAAUCCCUCCGGAGACCAUGGAAGGUUUACGACAGGCCCUCAGGGACCAAACUGACUUUCAGAUCCCCUGUGGGAAGGCAGAUUCGGAUGAGACACGGGAAAAUGUGAAUGUACGCUGGGUCGACUGGACUGCACCUGUCAACUCUGGAGUCAUCAGUCCGGUGGAUGGCAGGUCUCUAGAGGGAGUGUCAAGCGUCAAGAUUCAACAGGACUCAGAGUUUGAGAUGGACGGCCAAACCAUCAGGUGUACUGAGGUCUUCUAUCUGCUGAAGUCUUCAGACGUCUCACUGUCUGCUGUCCUCACGUCAUCGGCUCAGUUUCAGAGAGAGAUCACCACCGCCAGCUGCGCCGCCCUCUGCCCUCACCUCUCUGUGCUCUUGGCGAAUGGAUUCAACUCUCUCGCACUCCGUGUCUCCACCGACUCAGACAUGGUUGAGUACCAGGCUGGCUCUGGUGGCCACCUCCUGCCUCAGAAGUAUUUGAAUGAUCUGGACGGGGCUCUAAUUCCCGUCAUCCACGGAGGAAGCUCCUGUGUCCCCCAUCAGGCCAUGGACAUGGAGUUUUUCUUCUACAUCUCACUGAGCAUUUGAAAGCUGGUGACUUACAAACUUUGCAUCCACAGGCAGCCAUUGGGACCUUCACGACUGGUAGCAAUGAAUCGCAGAUACGGAGAGACAGACUUCGUAUCUGAUCUCUGACAAGGUAUGGAGAGUUUGAUGCAUUUUAGAGGAACUUCACUGAAGUGGAACUAUAUUAGCGAUCCUUUAGAAUAAAGCAGAGGUCAGCAACAAAAAUAAAAACGUGAGAACUUUGCUGUGCUUCUUCGUGUUUCCAGCGUCUGUUCAAUGGAUGCCGGUCGAUGAAUGUUGGUUUGAAUGCGAACAGAAUUGUUUAUGUAUGACUAUGAUGUCAGAUAUACCAAUAAUUAUAAAUGUUACUUGAUUGCACACAUGGCAACCGUGCAUAUGAAGUGCUGCAUUUCUUUAUGUCUGUUUUUUCUGAGCUGGAAUCUGCAAUGUUUUUUUCCCAUCCGUCAUAAUUUACUGUUACCUUAUGAAGUAGCUUCACGUGGACUUAAGAAUCCAUAUGAAGGUUUUAUGUACUGAUUAUGUACUUUCUAAGUACUGCAUCUUAUGGUUAGUCAUUUUUCUCAAUCUGUAAAAUACACAUAUUUACACUAUAAAACAUAUAGAUGAAAUCAUCUGCUAAUUCAAUUAAACUUUUAUUAAGCUUAAAUACUAUUUUUGGAACAGACAGUUCAUGUGUUGAUUAAAGGUGAUAUUUUUGAUAGGGCAUUGAAAUUACAAAUUAAAACUCA